CUCUGGACGUCUACCGCCAGUUGGGGAUGGAAGGUUAAGGCUUGGUCAAUUCAAUUCCACUUUGAAAUCUCAAGCAUCUUCCUCGUUCUUGCUGAUAGAUUUCUUUGCCUUUAUAAAUAUUUUCCGUUCUAUUUAAGGAGUAGAGAGCAACACACGCCAAAGUAUUGUAAGUAAGAUGGACAUGGAUCAAUUGCAAUUGUUCUUUUAGGCAAGGAUUUUUUUACGCUUGAUGCUUGUCUAAGUGAGGGUGGUCCAAACUCACCCAGCAGUAAUAUGUAUCCUAUGCCAGGAGGGAUUGCAGGCCAGAGACCAAGUCACGCCAGUGAUAUGGGAGCAACAACGAUGUGAGUAGCUGAUCUGAGUGACUGCAGAGUCAGAGAGUAGUUGAUCUCUCUUGGUUGUAGUUGCACUUACUGUCUGAGAAGUAGCGGCAUUGUCCUAUUUGAAUAGAUUUACUAGAAAGACGGACGUAGUAGACCUACCACCUGUGCUCGAGAGAUGAGCCACUCUUAUGGGGAGCUGCUCUAAUACAGGAGAUCAUCAACAGCAUCAUCAAGGAGGCGCUGCAGUGGAAUCUGCCACUUCUUCUAUGCGAACGCCACGUCGUUUGAGUGCAGCUGCAAUAGGGACAAUGGCCGGACAGAUAGGAGCAGGAGUGUCUGGUGAAAUGGGAAUUAAGGCAGUACCUGAACCUGAUACAUCUUUGGCCGCAUCCUUGAAACGUAUGGAGGAGAAGUAUCCUAAGGGAAUACUCCCCCAUACUUUUCAAGGAUGCACUUGAAAGAUGAAUUACGGACCGCUCUAAGGGAAUGCAUCCUCCUCCAGGGGGACCUGUGGGAGCAUGCGAUGUGAUAAUGCAUCCUCCUCCAGGGGGACCUUUGUCUUCUCCCAGCAACAAGGGACCCUCGCCACGCGUUCAAAGGAAUGCUAAUCAAGCUAGUGCUGUUUCUGGUGGUGCAGCUAGUAUUGGUUUUGCUGGUAGUCAGGGACCACAGGUUGGACCACAAAGAGGACAACCUGGUAGUGGUGGAGCUUCUUCACAGCAAAAUC